AUGUUUCAAUACGAGUAUGAAAAGCGGCCGCCGUCGUCAGUGUCAUGCGAGAGUGCCACGACCGUGACUACAGACUGGAGCCGAAGAUACCCGAAUGUUCCCGAUCGUAUGCCGAACGCUCGCCGUCCAUUACCACCAAGACCGACUGUCAUACAUCGAGUCCCGGAUAAAACUAUUGUUCCUCUGAAAGUGUGGAUCAUCGCCAGUGCCUCAUGCUUCGCCGUCUGCGCGGCACUCGUCCUGGCCACAGUGGUGAUCACCAAAUGGGAUACAUCUGAAACCUUUACCACACAAGAAGUGUUCCAGUCUCCAGAACCUAUUCUCACAGAACAACAUCAGCCAACAACAUAUCAGGAACAGGUACAGCGCUUAGAAGACACGGCUGUGUUAGAAAAGCUAUCAAUUUUCAAAAAUGUAAUCCCUAACAGGGACCAUAAGAGUCUUAUGUCGAAGACCCAAAUUCACCCCAUACACGACGAUAUUAUUCAUGAAGAGAGACCUAUCAAGAAGAAGGAUAAACCAGAAAGUGGUCUAAUGACUGACACACAUGAUUUGGACUCCGAUAAAAAUGACAUACAAGAAUUUAAUAAUAAUAUUUUAGCUGACAAGUCUAAAGUGAAUGAUACUAUAGAACAAAAUAAUGCAGUCAAUGAUUUUGUGCCAAAUUUCAAGCCAUUGCUGCCUGGAUUCGGAAAAAGCAUUGAUGCGGAAAUUCCGUAUGGAUAUUUAGAUGGCAAAGACGACUAUUUCUACAACGACGAGAACCUCUACGACGAUUAUAUGCAAAGUAACUCGAUGACAAGUUAUUUGAUUGAAAAAGUGCAAGAAUUACACGACUGGGUCUCAACAGAUCCGGACAUCACAGUGAACCAGACGAGGAAGGACAACGAUUUCGGUUCCCUUCUAAAAGCCUUAAACGAAAGCUUAGUCGAGGGCAAUGUAACGAUCGUUAUGCAUAAGUUAAGGGACAUGUAUUUUGGUGAAAAUUAUACCAAUUUGAAUAGCAGUAGAAAAAUAAUUGUUACUAAUAAUAGCACUGAUUUGUUAUCGUUCGGCAUACUGACGCUUGACGUAAUGUUGUUACAUAAUAUACAGCUGAUGGCCUGGGAGAAUCAGGAACUAGCUCGGACUAAGAUGAUGCAGGAUCCAGACGUGUUUGCGUUCAACGCCCUCUUUUUGGACCCCAGUAAAGUUGAGAUGAAACAAAAUGAAAUCCCUCACGAUGGCUCAUUAUUCCUUAAACGGUUGAACCCUCGUCAAGAUCCUAUUGAAGAUUUGGAUAUUGGAAAGAACCUAUUGGAAAAUAUAAUGGAAGUGGGGAUGAGUACUGCGCGCGCAGCCAUACAUCUUGGUCGAGCUUACAAAAAUACAAAAAACAUUCUCAAUCAAAUUUCGAACAAGGAACAGCAAGCGGCCAGCAUUCAGAAUCAAAUGUCGCGAAACAUCGAUGGCAACACUCACGCGCUAAACCAUUUGCAGACGUCAUUUGACAGCACCCACGAUGUUGGCAGCAACGGAAGUUUUUAUACGGAAUUGGAUUGCGUAUGGUUGCUGUACUGUAGAAAUUUAGCUGCAACUACGAAAUUAAACGCGCCAUACGGGACUAUGGCCAGGAUAAAUGGGGUCGCCCUAAGAAUGCUAACUGGGGAGUUGGCAGCAAAUAAGGCGCUCGACACGCUGUUAUAUGAAGUACUGACUGGCUGGACUGAGCUGAAGUGUAAUAAUAUGUUCCCUAGAUGCAGUAAAGUGAACGCCGCGUCAGUAGUGCUGGACACAAUAAUGCAAUCACACAGAAAAUCACAAGUUUCCAAUAGAGGGCGAUAAAAUUAAUAGCUAUAUUUAAAAUUCUAAUUCUAAUUUAGAUCAUAUCAUUAGGUACUAUUAAUAUAGCAUAAUAAUAGAAUUUUUAUUUAAAAAAAGCAGAGUUAAAUUUUUAAAAUAUUUAAUUUGAUUGUUAUUGUUGGAUUUUUUAUCUAUGGCGCCAAAGAGGCUUUAAUCUGUUUUGGCGCGAUAGUUUGACAGUUUUUUUUUUAAAUCUUCUUUUGAUCACAGAUAAUUAUAAGUUCUUUCAAGGCCAGCCCUCUUCUGGAAGUUGCAUUUAACAACAAAAAUUGGUCGCAUAGUUGUUUUUUUUUUCAAUUUUUGAA